CACAUGCCAAGUGAGUUACAUGCUUUAUCUUACUCAAUUCUCACAAGAACAUGAACACAUAGACCCUAGCAUCUUCAUUUUACAGAGGAUGAAAGCGAAGUUUUCAAAGGUUUACUAGCUUUCCACGGAUGACCCAUCUCUGAGGGGUUAGAACCCAGUAUUGAACUCAGGUCCUUCUGAUUCAAGAAUCAACUCACUGGAGCACUUUACUAUCUGCCUAUUCUCCUUGGAUAUUCAAGUUAGUUGACCUUGUGCUCCCCUAAAACUUCGGCGCUUGCUGUGAUCUCUUUAUUGUAGGUUAAGGCCAGCAGGUGGUGCUGCUGUGCAAAGAGAUGCCCAUGGAAAUGGGGAAUGGAACAACUGUCCAAGAAUUCACCUUGGAAGGGUUACCUGCUGUCCAGCAGCUGGGAAAGUUCCUCUUCCUGGUGCACCUGCUGGUGUACCUGGCGUCCCUUCUACGCAAUGUGGUCAUAGUCACCAUCACCUGUGCUGACUCCCGCCUCCAAACACCUACACACUUUUUCCUCAGCAUUUUCUCCUUCCUUGAGUGUUGUUUCACAAGUACUCUUGUUUCUAAGUUGCUGGUCAUCUUCCUUUUAGGCCAGCAAACGAUUUCCUUUCCUGGCUGUUUCAUACAAGGCUUUGUUUUUGUAUUUCUAGGAGCAGCAGGUUUCUUCCUCAUAGCAAUGAUGUCUCUGGAUCAGCACGUGGCCAUUUGCAAGCCUCUGCAUUACCCGACCAUCAUGAACCUGAGGACUUGCCUCCUCCUGGUCACUACCUGCUUUGCUUUGAACUUGUCUGUCAACACUGGUCUGGUGGUGAAGGUUUCCCAGCCAUCCUUCUGUGGUCCCCAUGUCAUCCCUCACUUCUUCUGUGACCUUGGCCCCGUAAUCCAUCUCUCCUGUUCUGACACCAGAUCUGUUGAAGUGUUUGCCUUUGUCCUCACUUUAUGUAUCCUUUCAACAUCCCUCAUCAUAACCAUCUUUGCAUACAGCAAGAUGGUAGUCACAAUCGUCUGUCUCCCAUCAGCCAAGGAAUGAUGGAAAGCUUUCUCCACCUGUUCAUCUCACAUCAUUGUCCCCUC